UUGUCAAGCAUCUGUGUGAACUUGGCAAAGAUCUGUGUGGUAUACAUCUUGUCAAGCAUCUGUGUGAACUUGGCAAAGAUCUGUGUGGUAUACAUCUUGUCAAGCAUCUGUGUGAAACUUGGCAAAGAUCUGUGUGGUAUACAUCUUGUCAAGCAUCUGUGUGAACUUGGCAAAGAUCUGUGUGGUAUACAUCUUGUCAAGCAUCUGUGUGAACUUGGCAAAGAUCUGUGUGGUAUACAUCUUGUCAAGCAUCUGUGUGAACUUGGCAAAGAUCUGUGUGGAUUAUAUAUUGUCAAGGAUCUGUGUGAACUUGGCAAAUAUCUGUGUGGUAUACAUCUUGUCAAGCAUCUGUGUGAACUUGACAAAGAUCUGUGUGGAUUAUAUAUUGUCAAGGAUCUGUGUGAACUUGGCAAAUAUCUGUGUGGUAUACAUCUUGUCAAGCAUCUGUGUGAACUUGACAAAGAUCUGUGUGGAUUAUAUAUUGUCAAGGAUCUGUGUGAACUUGGCAAAUAUCUGUGUGGUAUACAUCUUGUCAAGCAUCUGUGUGAACUUGACAAAGAUCUGUGUGGAUUAUAUAUUGUCAAGGAUCUGUGUGAACUUGGCAAAUAUCUGUGUGGUAUACAUCUUGUCAAGCAUCUGUGUGAACUUGACAAAGAUCUGUGUGGAUUAUAUAUUGUCAAGGAUCUGUGUGAACUUGGCAAAUAUCUGUGUGGUAUACAUCUUGUCAAGCAUCUGUGUGAACUUGACAAAGAUCUGUGUGGAUUAUAUAUUGUCGAACCCGUAUGUAAAGUCUAUGUUAAAAUCUUUGUACUGUGA